CUCCCUGCUUCUGGCCUCCUGACCACCUCUCUGCUCACUUGCUCCCUCUGCACCCUGGUUCAGCUGUUCCCUCCGUGGCUGAGGAGCUCAGAAGCCCAUGUCUGACCUUCCAGUCAUGACCAGGACCAGAACAUCCCUCCUCCUGUUGAUGGCCUUGGCUUCUUCUCUCUGCUUCAACUUGGACACAGACCAGCCAAAAACCUUCCUUAUGGACAGUGCUGGAUUUGGACACAGCGUGGUCCAGUAUGGCAAUACCUGGGUGGUGGUUGGAGCUCCCCAGGAGAUAAAGGCUGCCAACCAAACAGGCGGCCUCUACCAGUGUGACUACAGCAUGGGCAAGUGUGAGCCCAUCCACUUGCAGAUUCCCCCAGAAGCUGUGAACAUGUCCCUGGGACUGACCCUGGCAGCCUCCACUAACCCCUCUCAGUUGCUGGCCUGUGGCCCCACAGUGCACCAUACAUGCCAGGAGAACAUGUACUUGACUGGGUUCUGCUUCCUGCUGGGCUCCUCUUCCUGGCAAACCCAGAGGCUCCCAGCUGCCCUGCAGGAAUGUCCAAAGCAAGAGCAAGAUAUUGUGUUCCUGAUCGACGGCUCAAGCAGCAUCUCCUUCCGUGAUUUUAGAAAGAUGCUGAAUUUUGUGGAGGCUGUGAUGAGACAGUUCCAGAGACCUAGCACCCAGUUCUCCCUGAUGCAGUUUUCCAACGCUUUCCGGGUGCACUUCACUUUCAAAGACUUCACAUACAGCUCAAACCCACUCGUCCUGUUGGAUUCUGUACGCCAGCUGGGAGGGUAUACUCACACAGCCACAGCCAUCCAAAUAGUCACAAACGAACUGUUCAGUACCUCAGGAGGGGCCCGAAAAGAUGCCUCCAAGAUCCUCAUUGUCAUCACCGAUGGGCAAAAACAAGGCGACCGCCUGGGUUAUGAGGAUGUCAUCCCUAUGGCUGAGGCUGCGGGUAUCAUCCGUUAUGCAGUUGGGGUGGGAUCGGCUUUUCAAAAGAAACAUUCCUGGAAAGAAUUAAAUGACAUUGCAUCGAAGCCCUCCCAUGAGUACAUUUUUAAAGUGGAGAAUUUUGAUGCUUUGAGAGACAUUCAAAACCAACUGAAAGAGAAGAUCUUUGCCAUUGAGGGUACGCAGACGAUAAGCAGUAUUUCCUUUGAAUUGGAGAUGUCCCAGGAGGGCUUCAGCGCUGUGUUCAUACCUGAUGGACCAGUUCUGGGGGCUGUGGGGAGCUUCAGCUGGUCUGGAGGUGCCUUCCUGUACCCCCCAAAUAUGAGCCCCACUUUCAUCAACAUGUCUCAAGAGAAUGUGGACAUGAGGGACUCUUACCUGGGUUACUCCACUGAGUUGGCUCUUUGGAAGGGGGUCCAGAGCCUGAUCCUGGGGGCCCCCCGCCAUCAACAUACUGGGAAGGUUGUCAUCUUCACCCAGGCGUCUGGGCAAUGGAGGCCGAAGGCUGAAGUCGCAGGGACUCAGAUUGGCUCCUACUUUGGGGCCUCCCUCUGCACUGUGGAUGUGGAUAGAGAUGGCAGCUCUGACCUUGUCCUCAUAGGGGCUCCCCAUUACUACAAGCCGACCCAGGGGGGCCAGGUGUCUGUGUGCCCCUUGCCCCAGGGGAGGGCUAAGUGGCAGUGUGAGGUCAUUCUCUGUGGGGAGCAGGGCCACCCCUGGGGCCGCUUUGGGGCAGCCCUGACAGUGCUGGGGGAUGUGAAUGGGGACAAGCUGACAGACGUGGCCAUUGGGGCCCCAGGAGAGCAGGAGAGCCGGGGUGCUGUCUACCUAUUUCAUGGAACCUCAGGACUGGGCAUCAGCACCUCCCACAGUCAGAGGAUCUCAGCCUACCAGCUCUCCCCCAGCCUCCAGUAUUUUGGGCAGUCACUGAGUGGGGGUCAGGACCUUACCCUGGAUGGACUGGUGGACCUGGCCGUGGGGGCCCAUGGGCAGGUGCUGCUGCUCAGGACCAGACCUGUACUCAGGGUGUGGAUGAGCAUCCAAUUCAAACCUGCAGAGAUAGCCAAGUCUCUGUUUGAGUGUCGGGAGGAGACCUCCUCUGUCAAUGCACUGGGCGAUGCCAAUGUCUGUCUUCAUAUUUAUGAAAGUCCCAAGAAUCGGCUGGGUGACCUCCAAAGCUCUGUGACCUAUGACCUGACCCUCGACCCAGGCCGCCAGAGUCCUCGUGCCAUCUUUGAGGAGACAAAGACCUGGAAUCUGACUCGUGUCCGAGUCCUUGGGCUGAGACAGCACUGUGAGACUGUGAAGUUGCUUCUCCUGGCCUGUGUGGAGGACUCAGUGACCCCCAUCACCUUGCGUCUCAACUUCUCCCUAGUGGGCAAGCCUAUCCCUUCCUUUGGAAGCCUCCGGCCUAUGUUGGCUGUGGAUGCUCAGAGAUACUACACAGCCUCUCUCCCCUUUGAGAAGAAUUGUGGAACUGACCAUGUCUGCCAGGAUGACCUUGGCAUCUCCUUUGGCUUCUCAGGCUUGAAGACGCUGUUGGUGGGGAGUACCCUGGAGAUGAAUAUGAAAGUGAUGGUGUGGAAUGACGGUGAGGACUCCUAUGGAACCACAGUCACCUUCUUCUACCCACCAGGGCUGUCUUAUCGACGUGUGGCAGUGAGCAAGAGCCAGCUGCAGCCACACUCCCCACACCUGACCUGUGAUGGCAUCCCAGCCCAGGGCCAGGGUAUUCAGAGCACCCGCUGCAGCAUCAACCACCUCAUCCUCCCUGAGGGUGCCCAGGUCACCUUCUUGGUCACCUUUGAUGUCUCCCCCAAGGCCAUGCUGGGAGACCGGCUGCUUCUGACAGCUAAUGUGAGCAGUGAAAAUAACACUCCCAGGACCAGCAAGAGCACCUUUCAGAUGGAGCUCAUGGUGAAGUAUGCCAUCUACACCGUGAUCAGCAGCCAUGAACAGUCCACCAAGUACCUCAACUUCUCAGCCUCAGACCAGGAGGAAAGCAACCAGGCUCAGCAUAGAUACCAGGUGAACAACCUGGGACAGAGGGACCUGCCUAUCAGCAUCAUCUUCUCUGUUCCUGUGGAGCUGAAUGGGGUACCUGUGUGGAGAGAAUUAGAGGUCUUCCACCCCCAGAAUCCCUCCAUUCAGUGUUCUUCAGAGAGAAUAGUGCACAGAGAGUCUGACUUCCUGACCCACAUUCAGAAAAAUUCUGUGCUGGACUGCUCCACUGCUGACUGUCUGAGGUUCUGCUGUGACCUCCCCUCCUUUGGCAUUCAGGAGGAACUUGACUUCAUCCUGAAGGGCAACCUCAGUUUUGGUUGGGUCAGCCAGACAUUGCAGAAGAAGGUAUUGGUGGUGAGUGUGGCUGAAAUCACAUUCAACAGAUCCGUGUAUUCCCAGCUUCCAGGACAGGAGGCAUUCUUGAGAGCUCAGGUGGAGACAGUGCUGGAGAAGUAUGAGGUCUACAACCCCAUCCCCAUUAUUGUGGGCAGCUCUGUGGGAGGGCUGCUGCUGCUGGCUCUCAUCACAGCCAUCCUAUACAAGGUUGGCUUCUUCAAACGUCAGUAUAAGGAAAUGAUGGCUGAAGCCGAUGGGCAGACUGUUCCAGAAAAUGGGACUUCAGACCCUCAAGUUGCCCAAUAAGAAACUACCUCCUAUUGUCCCUUGGACCUGUUAUCCUCUGAGAGGUUUCCUGGCCUUCCUACUCCCAACUAAGUUAGGCCUGCAGGGGGAGAAAUGUUCCAUGUGAGGGAGUUUCUCCUUUGGGAGGAUGCAGUAUAUCCACACAAAGUGCCUUGCCUGGGAAGGGCCAUUUGUCUUGUCAAGGCUGUAACUGGAAACCCCAGAACAGGACCCUAACCAUGCCCCUGGGUGGAGUUGAUUUGCAUUUCUACUUAGAAAUACAUGAACAAUAGCCUCAGGCUCCAGUCUCUCUUGCUUCACUUGCCGCCAAUGAUCUUUCUAAAAUACAGUACUAAACAAGCCACAAUCCUCAUCUAUCUUUAGUGGCUCCCUAUAAUUUUCAGGUUGACCUCUGAACUCUCCAGAUUGAUAUUAGGAUUCCAGUUCCAUUUCUAGAGGGUGGGCUUUGAUGCACAUACCAUGAUUUGCUCUGUGCUUCCCUAUCAUCCUUAUUCCUAGUAAAAUACUGUCACUAUCAGCACUUUGUCUCAGGAAUCCCAGUCCAGAUUUCCCACACUGAACUGGGAAUAAAAUGUCUGCACAUUGGAAUUUGUAAACUUGGCUUUCAGGCUUUGUCAGCUUUGCUAGCUGGGAGGGAGGAAUAGAACCCCAGCAGGAGCAUUGCCCCAAUGCCACUUUGGAUCAUUUAGCUCUAGCAUCUCUCAGAGAUCAAGAGGCCCAGGACACUUCCAUUUUUUGAGAUUGCAAAUAUAGUAAAUUAAGAAAUGCUGAUACAUAAUUUUUAAAA